AUGGCCCCUCAUCAAUUACAUAAGGGUUCAAGGCUGGUGGUGCAAAUGUUGAUGGCCUUAAUCAUCACAUUCAUUUCAGCGCAAGCCUUUUCAUCAGGAUUUUACGCUGUGGUGGCGUCCUCUCAGAGAGGUUGUGUUUUGAACAGAGAGGGCGAUUGUAGUGCAGUGUCGGAUCGAUCAUCAUUGGUGUUGUCGUAUGAUCCAAAGAAUAUGCCUCAUGAGGUUUCUUCAAAGGAAGAAUUGAACGCAAGGGGAUGUGGUUCCAUUCAAGGAUAUUAUGCCAAUCCACUAUGUAAGGAGAAAUGGUAUCGAAAGCUGAAGUAUAGAAAGGUGGUGUUGUCGCAAGGUGAGGCCCCAUCUUCAAGCUCUAGUUCUGAUUCGAUGGCACCUCCCCUCAAGGCAAGCACAACAAACGAGGCUUCAGGACCCACAGUUGUUGAAACAAGCGUCAUCUCGACCAACUCGCUCAACAGAAAAUACUCUUCUGAUAGCGACAAGUCUGCUACCUCUCGUCCACUCGUGACAUCUUUGAAUUCUGUUUCGAACACUAAGGAGAGCCAAAAAGUGGAAACAACAAUCAAACCUUCAAGAAUCGAAAAGUCUGGCACAAAAUCUUCAUCAGCAAAAAGACCUUCCGUAGCUUCUUUGAACUCUGUAGGCUCAUCCAAUGUGUCGCAGCCCUCAACAAAGAAAGCAGCAAUUUCUUCCAUUGGAUCUGAUAGAGCAACAACUAAACAUAGACCUACUGCUGCAAAACCUAAAUCAAAAGGGCAGCCACUUUCAACGAACGAGUCAAGAAAUGACAAGAAAUCGAAAGUUUCAAACCAGGCAAAUAAGACUGUUACGACAUCUCGCACUGCACAAUCAACAACAGCAUCUGCAGUUUCAUCACAAGCAUCAUCCGCUCGUCCAUUGGUAUCAGCAGCUUCUGUUGCAAAAGGUAACUCUACUGCAUCGGUGAUUCAAAAGAAAGCCAAACAGGACAAGGUUGCCGAGCCAUAUUCACCACAAAGUGCUUCAGUGAAUCAGGCAUCGCCAAAGAAGUCCAAACCUCAACCACGCAAAACAGUUGUAAGCGUACGCAAGCCUAUCCCAGCAAGCACCAAUAACUCUACAGGUAGCACAAAGAAGAGUCAAACUACCACAACCACUAAAGAUGACAAGCCAUCUCCAACAAAGGCUCCUACAAAACCUAAAUCAAACACACAACCGCUCACAACAAAGGAGUCAAGAAAUGACAAGAAAUCCAACGUUUCAAAGAAGACUGUUACCACAACCAGAACGGCACAAUCAACAACUUCAUCUGCAGUUUCAUCACAAGCAUCAUCCUCUCGUCGAUUGGUACAAUCAGCAACCUCAGCUUCUGUUGCAAAUGGUAACUCUACAGCAUCGUUGAUGCAAAAGAAAGCCAAACAUAGCACGACACCUUCAAUGAAAACAACAACAACAGCUAAAACAACUGCAUCAAAGACAUCCAUCAAGGCUCCAGUCAAAACAACAAGUUCUCAAAGGAGCAAAAAGGUUCAACCAAAGAGCUUGACCGCUGUUGCCUCACCAACAAGUUCUAAGUCAUCAAAAACGGUGAAGAGCGCUCAAUCAGCAUCAACAUCUCUGGUGAGAGCUUUGUCAAAGAAAUCCUCUCAAACCAAACAGGACAAGGUUGCUAAGCGAUCAUCAGCCCAAAGUGCAUCCGUGAAUAAGGCAUCACCAAAGAAGUCCAAGCCUCAACCAAGCAAAAAAGCGGCCAAUAACUCCUCAAGUAUUACGAAGAAGAGUCAUACUACUACCACCACUAAAGAUAACAAGAAAUCACCAACAAUGAAACCUAAAGCAUCGUCAAAACCUAACGCUUCUUCUCCAGUGGCCGUCUCAACUAAGACAUCCGCUAGCUCACAAGCAAGCCAGGCAGGUUCCUCAAAUGCUCACUCGACACCUGUCAAUGCACCAGUUGAUGCCACUCAGACGCCCAUCGUCUCUAACGCUGUCUCAUCACAAUCCAUGAUGACCAACAUGAUAUCAGGUAACGACUUCAAACCAAUAUCUGUCAACUCGGUCAGCACUGUUGCAGCUGACUCAAGCAUCAACACAGAGUCCACUCAAACAAGUGGAAACAACGUUGUCAAUACACCUGUGUCAACAACACCAACAGCAUCUCCAAGCUCUGAAGCUGUUUCCUCUCAGACACCAACAGCAUCUCCAAGCGUACCUGUUUCAACUAAUGCACCAAACACAGCUGGAACGACCAACACUGCUGAACCAUUGAAAUCGAACUCAAAUGAACCAAAGACUCAAAUUGAAAAGCCACGAAACGUCCCAGUCGUGGGAAGAUUUUACGGAGUUAAAUCUUCAGGAAGAAAUAACAGACGUCCAAGCAGCUCUGUUGGAACACUUGAUUUGAAGGAUCUUUUGUCUCAAAUUAAACGAGUAGACAAGAAGAAGAAACACAAACCACAUCGUCGUGUCAAGAAACAUUCUGCCAAAUGCACCAAGCCAGCUCCAGUGUCGCAAAAUCCACCCCAAUCGACUCAAAUGAUCAACAACAUUCAAAAUAUUCAACCUUCGCCAAUGUUCAUGUAUCCCUUACCUCAAUACCCAGAUCCCUCUCGAUACAAUGAUCAUGAAAGAUCAUCGAUUCGAUCCUUCUUGAGAGAGAGAUUUUUGGAAUACUUACAAAACCGAAAUCAGAAUACCUUAAAGAGCUCGGAGAAUCAAGUUAAUGUGGUGGACCAAAUCAAGGCACUUAUUGCACAAAUCCCUCAACAGCAUGCAGAAACAGGCUUGUCAGCACAAACCAUCAGCAGCUCUGCUCAAGUUGACCGAAAAGCAUUGGCUCAAGCCGUCAAACGAAUGGGUACUGCAACCAAAAAUCUAAAGAAGGCUCAAACAAAUGAAGAUCGUGUUUUGAAGGCAGUAGAAAAGGCCAAGAAAGCUCUCAAUCAUGCAAAGAAAAAUUCGGCAGACAAGCAGCGAUUCCUUGAAAAGACCACCACUAAGCAAACUGAUCUUGUGGACAAGAUGAAGGUAGAAAAGGAUAUUAUUCUUAAACUGAACGAUUACUUGAAGAAGCAACAGAAAUAA